AUGUUCGGCACCUUUUCUCGCCAUUCUGUAGAGCAGCACGUCAGCGAGGGGGCGGAUGGCGUCGCGAGUUCGACGGGCGAGACAAGCGAUCGUUCCCCUGCGACUUCGCCGACGUCACGUAAAUUGCCGGAAGCCUCGGCGUCUUUCGGUGCUGCAAAGCCGAUGGAGGCAGCGCCUGCUGCCGACGAGCACAACGGGAGAGGUACUUCGACUUCUUCUGCUGUAAGUGCUUUUCGCGAGGAGACGCCGGUAGGCGGUGGAGCGGAUAAACGAGGGGCUUUGCCGCCGUUAUCCACAACGCACCUAUUGCAGCCGCCUGCGCCGCAGAAACACUCCGCUUCGACAUCUUCUGAGGAGGCGUUUGAGCGGGCACUGUACGGUGACCUUUUCAAGGUCGGCGACUCCCCAGACAAAAGCGCGAAAAACACAGCUGCGGUGGCAACAGGGGUGAGAGCACUGAAACCCCAACAGGAGCCCUCGGAAGCGGAAGAGGGGGUUAAACAGGCUGAAGACGACAAAGAGGUACGGGGAGGGAGUGAGAAAUCACCGCAGUCACCGCCAAAUGACGCCGCUGCAGCGGAGGCAGCAUUCGAAAAGGCUCUCUACGGGCUUGAUGGGCCGACGGCAAUCUCCACGCUCGAAAACGGAUCGAGGCCAUCUGCUGCUUCUCCGCUUGACGAUUGCGCGGAAGGUGAUGUGGCAUCGUUUGACCCAGCAGCUACGCACGUUUCUGGGACGCUAAAGACGGUGCACGCAUCGAUCUCACUCCCUGCGCGGGAUACGCAUCGUGGCAAACAUACCGAGGCAGCAACAGCGGACAACAGCGGCGUCUCGGACGCGGAGCUGGACACAGAGGAUCUGUUGGACGGUGAGGAGGACGAGCAGCUUUUUGAGGCGGAUGCACCCGAGCCAGCGUCGGCGUUUCACCCGCCAGAGAACACGGCAAUGCGCACCGUCGUGGGGCAAGACGAUGCGCGUGCAGCUGAAGAUGCAACACCAGCAGACAAAAAGGCUGUGAUGAACGAAGAAAGUGCGAUGGAGCCGCUUCUUCCGCCGCCCCUUCCGACAGUGUCCAUGAUCUGCCCGUUAAACCUUAACGGCGACGACGACGCGGUUGCAGAGGACGGGAACGCCAUGCAGGAUGCCCUCUUUGGUGUGGCAGAUCAUCACACCAGCGUGGUGACUCACCUGGACCCUGCGGACCGAGUGGAGUCCUGCAUGCCGCUACUGGACCGUGCGAGCAAACUGGAGCUAUUCUACGAGAGUGGCUGGCUGAUGCCCCUCCAAGAGCAGGAAAACGAGUGGAUUAAACGGGUGAGUGGUGACCGUGGUGCACCGACUUCGGCGGCAGAUAGGAGGGAAAGUUCCUCUUCAGAUUCUGCGGAAACGCUCGCAGCGGAGACACCGCCGCUUCCUCGAUAUUUUUCGCAAUCCUUACCUGGUUCGACUCCUCUUCUUCCUCCUCCCACGCACCGCGAGGUUGUUGGUCGCAGCAAAGUUCUGCGGUGCCUUGUCUAUCGACUGCUGCGAGCACCGCAUCUCUGGUGGGACCAAGUGCAAGAGCUGGUGUGGAUGGCGGUCAAGGAGGCAAUGGCGAGACAAGAAGAGAGAAAAUCGAAUCCACACGAUGUAACCCUCGUCAAUGCAUCGUCGAUGGACGUCUUGCCUUCUCACAAGUCUGGCCUCGCUGAGGAAACGUAUCACAGCGGCGUACCGCUGUGCCAGGUGAUGUCGGAGCAGCUGAUGCGGUCGUCCAUGACCAACAUUUUCGGCACUAGACCGCUAAACGUGCACUUCUUCAGCGCUGCCCUCUGCCACGAAAUUGUGGAGAUGUACCGCGGCACGCUGCGUGCCACCGCCGUUGCCUCCUCUUUUUCCGCUGCACCGUCGGCCUCGUCGUCGUCGACCUUCACGGGUCCCGCGGCGGCGUGGAGGGCCUUUGUGCUCACGCACCGACGAGACCAGUCGCGGGUGUGCGGACCGCAUGUGCGGCCCUUCAGCUAUGGCGAGGUCCGUCCCACCAUCACCGCGGCGGAGUUGGCGCCGCUUCGUUACUGCGGUGCAGCUGCGUCGCUGGCGGCAUCGCUCGGUGGCGAUGCAGGUCAGGACGCGACAUACUCCGGCGUUAGAGGCAGCCGCAACGCUCUCUGGCCUUCUUUGGAAACGCAGAUCAACGAGGACGAAGGCGCUGCCGCGGCGAAGGAGGGUCACUCGUGGCUGGAGAUGAACGAAAAGGAACAGAAUGCGUUCUUGUUUGGGGAAGGGAGUGCGCAGCUGUCGUCGCUGGUGCGAUCUUCGGACGGCAUCUUUGUCGUCUACGGCCAGGAUGGUGUUACCUUCGAAGAGGAGGACAAGCUCAUUGCGGCAGAGGAGGCGUUGCGGAAAGCUGCAGAGCAAGAAGAAGAACGUCUCCAACAAUUGCAGCAAGACGGCGUUGUCGCGGCUUCUGUGCCGCGCCUCUCUCCGCUGGAGCGAGCGCGCGCGGAGGAAAUGGCGCGUGUGCGACUCUAUGAUGUGGACCGAGUGGUGCUGGAGCUGACCAGUACCGAGGGUCGCUGCGAUGCGCCGGGUGCAGCAAGCAGUCGCGAUGACCAUGAUGAGCGCGGCUCAGGGGUGUUCUCCGCGUCUACCGUCGCGUCUUAUCUGUCCAGUGUGGCGUUUCCCUCCAUUGAGUCGUCUUCACUGCCGACGUGUGGCCGAGGCCGCGGUCGGGGCGGACGAUCGCCUCGGCGGUCCAAGGUAUCCUCGCCUUUUCAGCUGCAAUUGCAGAACAAAGAGGAUGUGCAGCUGGCAGCGCUGUGGCAGCGCUUCUUGAGUGCGUCGACGGGGGACCUCGUUGAGAAUCUCCUGCACGUGCAGCGCCACGCAACGGAGCUGGUCCGCGCUGCAACGACGGAGGUGGCGCUGCAGAAAGCGUUUUGGUUGCUCUUUCACUCUCGCGAUGAGGUGCGGGCGGUAACGCAUCCGCGGCGCACAUACGAGACGGUGUGGAACCUGCACGAGCAGCUCGUCGAAUUGCUGGCGUUCACGCCAGACGGCGACCACACCGGCAAUGUUGUACCGAAUAUGAAGCAGAAAGCGGAGAUGGCGCCGCGCCCCGCUUUUGAUCGUCUUGCCCUCUCCAGCCAGGUCAGUUACACUUGCUUUGGAUGCGCUCACGUGCCGUUACACCGCAGUUGCCAAGCUCCUGCUACCACGCCUGCCCUUCCCCGUCCACUUCACCAACCCUUCGAGCUGUACGAGGCGCUAGUGGAGAGCACGUGCGCUUCAGCAGGAGCGAGGGCACAGGUGAAAGAAACGGGCUCUCAAUGUGACAGCGCUGCUCUGCCGCUGUCGGACGCGUAUACGUCACUGCUCCCGCUGCAACAGUUUGCUGUUGGUUGGUGCUUUCCUCAAAAUGCAUCGGAAGAAGCAGAGAUGGCGCGCCGAACGGCGGCGAAUUUGGCUGAGCACGACCCAGCAACGCAGGAUGCGUUCGAAGCCGCGACGUCAGCGUCGGUGGCAGCGCUGCGCUCCCACAGCAGGCGCAGUGCAUCGAUAGCGCGGUGGGUAGGUGACGCGCAAGAGCACAUGCGUGUGACGCUGAUGGCGCAGGCGGCGGCGAUGCAGCGCUUGAUGGCCGCACAGCAACGACGGCGUGGACGACCUCCCGCAACGGAGAAGGACGCGCAUGAGGAAGCGGUGGAAGGCGAAGAAGUAAACGAGGACAACAUCAGUGAAGCUUUACUCGACGUACCAGAUGCAGGAGCCUCCGUAAUGGGAUCGACGGCGGCGGCAGCGCCGCUGGAACCCACCCGUAUUAGAAUGGAGGAGAAGGAGGAGGCGAAAUGCACCCAAUCCAUGCAGCAGCAGAUCCGUGAUGCCUUGGGGGCGAGCAUCUAUAGCUGUUGCUGCUCUCUCCGUGCGACUGGAAUGCUGCCGCCGCUGUCUACGCCUGGUGACAUCAUGCCGCUCUUCACACCAGCUCAGGAGGCAACAAUCCAGCAAGCCGUCAACACGAUCGUGGCGAGUCUGCACUGCCGGCUAGAAGAGACUCUUGGAGAAACUGCCGUGACGCACGCGGCGAACACCACAGAUGAAGAGCCCACCGAUGCGGUACUGGAAGGAGGACAGAGUGCGGGGGUGAGUGUCGGAGCAGAGGAGGCGACUCCGGCGCCUCUCCGAAAACGAGGCCGCGGAGGUAAGCGUCACGCAGCCGAAGACGGCAAGGCGAUGGAAGUAGCGAUGACUCCCCUCACACCCGUUGAGUCUUCAACAACAACAAAGAAACGACCUCGCACGAAGCAACGGCAGACGAGUUAUGUUGCUGCGGAGCCGUCUCUGAAGCCCAGGCGUGGCCGUCCGCCCCGCGUGAUGAACUCCGAUGGCACCUACACGAAGGCCUCGUAUGUUCACUCCGCUGCCUACCUGGAACGGAAACAGAGGAAAGCGCACGAAAAAUCCUUCUUCUCGCAGUAG